CGGACCAGAACCCUCCGGUCCGGAUCCGAGCUGCGGUCCGGCUGCGGCUCUAAGGGCGCGGCAGCAGCGGGGCGAUGCGCUCCUCUGGCCGGGAACCAGCGCGCAUCCCCGGGGGCUGCGCUGCUCCUCAGCCCGCUCAGCGCGCUCCAUCUGCGGGGAUUGAACGCCUGUCUUUGCCGCUGCCGGAGCUCCGGCGGUUCCCUGGCGGCCAGCCGCCGCCUCCGCUGCUCCGCGGGUGAUUCGGUCCUCCGGUUCCCCGGCGGGGAGGAUGUGAUCCGGGAGGCGGAGCGCCGCUGGGGGAGAGGAUGAGGAUUAUCCCGCAGUGGGAUUAUAUUCCAGGAUCAGGAAACAGGAAAAUUCCUCAGAUUCGGGGAAAAGUUGAUUUGAUGAAGAGGAGGAGGAUGAAGAUGAUCCUCCAGAACUUCCUCUGGCUUCACAUCAGAACUUUGACUGUUUCCGUCCCGAACCUGACCCGUUUACCAGGACUGGAGCCAGACUGGACCUCGGUUCUGGUUCCGACACGAUCCGCUUCCUGCUCUGAACUUUAAUCUGAUUUAACAGAAACAUGAUGGAGAAUCAGAGGAAACUUUCUCACUAGAACCAGAACCGGAACCAGUACCAUCCUCAGUGAUACAGCUCUUCAUCCGGCCCGGAUCCAGAACCGGAACCAGAACCAUCCUCAGUGAUACAGCUCUUCAUCCGGCCCGGAUCCAGAACCGGAACCAGAACCAGAACCAGGCAUGUCGGAGCGCAGCGCCCCGGGCUGCCGCCUCAGACUGGACUGGGUCUACGGGUACCGGGGCCACCAGUGCCGGAACAACCUGUUCUACACGGCCGGGAAGGAGCUGGUCUACUUCGUGGCCGGAGUGGGCGUGGUCUACAACAGCCGCGAGCACAGCCAGCGGUUCUACCUGGGCCACAGCGAUGACAUCAUCAGCCUGGCGCUGCACCCAGAGCGCCUCCUGGUGGCCACAGGCCAGGUUGGCAGGGAUCCCUAUGUGUGUGUGUGGGAUUCGUUCACCACGCAAACCGUCAGCCUGCUGAGGGACGGACACACACACGGCAUCGCCUGCCUGGGCUUCAGCAGCGACGGACAGCGGUUGGUGUCGGUCGGGUUGGACCCCAAGAACACGGUUUGUAUCUGGGAGUGGAGGAAGGGGAAGAUCCUGGCCUCAGCCAGCGGACACUCGGACCGGAUCUUUGAUGUUUGCUGGGAUCCGUUUCAGCAGAACCGCCUGGUGAGCUGCGGAGUCAAACACAUCAAGUUCUGGUCGCUCUGUGGGAACGCGCUGACGCCAAAGCGAGGGAUCUUCGGGAAAACGGGCGACCUGCAGACCAUCCUGUGUGUGGCGUCGGCUAAAGACGACGUCACGUACUCCGGCGCGCUCAACGGAGACGUUUACGUGUGGAAAGGCCUGACGCUGCUGAAGACGGUCCAAUCGGCCCACGGGGCCGGGAUCUUCAGCCUGUUUUCCUGUGAGGAAGGAUUCGCCACCGGAGGCAGAGACGGCUGCAUCCGGCUCUGGGACGCCGACUUCAAACCCGUCACCAAGAUCGACCUGAGGGAGGCGGAGCAGGGAUACAAGGGUCUGUCCAUCCGGAGCGUCUGCUGGCGAGCCGACCGGAUUCUGGCUGGAACUCAGGACAGCGAGAUCUUUGAGGUGAUGGUGCGGGAGCGCGACAAGCCGCUGCUCAUCAUGCAGGGUCACAGCGAGGGCGAACUCUGGGCUCUGGACGUUCAUCCCAAAAAACCUCUGGCUGUAACCGGCAGCGACGACCGAUCCAUCAGGGAGGGCGACCGGUGUCCCAGAACGGGCUGCCGUCCGACCAGGAGUCGCCCCGGACCCUCAUUGUCCCACUCUGUCCCUCAAAGACCCUCAUUGUCCCACUCUGUCCUCAAAGACCCUCAUUGUCCCACUCUGUCCCUCAAAGACCCUCAUUGUCCCACUCUGUCCCUCAUUGUCCCACUCAGUCCCUCAAAGACCCUCAUUGAGAACGUGGACGAGGCGGUGAACGGGGAGCCCAGCCCCGCGGGGUCACCGGGCGCCGGUCGUAAGGCCAAGGCCAGCCAGGCGGCGACGCUGCCGGCGAAGAGCCAGCAGGACGGCGCCACCUGCCUGCUGGAGGCCUUCCUGCACCGCAAACACGAGUGGGAGGGCCACAACAAGAAGGCCUCCAACAGGUCCUGGCACAACGUGUUCUGUGUGAUCAACCAGCAGGAGAUGGGUUUCUAUAAGGACCAGAAGAGCGCGGCGCAGGGCGUCCCCUACCACAGCGAGAUCCCCGUCAGCCUGAAGGAGGCGCUGUGCGAGGUGGCGCUCGACUACAAGAAGAAGAAAAACGUCUUCAAACUCAAGCUCACCGACGGGAACGAGUAUCUCUUCCAAGCCAAAGACGACGAGGAGAUGACCGCCUGGAUCUCGGCCAUCGCGGCGGCGGGCUCCAGGCCGGAGGUGACGCCCAGCAGCCACAGCACGCCGGCCCCCGCCGCCCGCGCCCAGACGCUGCCGGCCACCGUGGCGGCCUCCACCGCCGAGUCCAGCCCGGGCAAACGGGAGAAAGACAAGGAGAAACGCUUCAGUCUGUUCAGCAAGAAGAAGUAG